AUGCCAGAAAAGUUGUAGAGGAAAAGCAGGAAGGCAGUGAUGAUGAUCACCUCUUCAAGAUGAGACAUGCAAAGAAUGAGAGUCCAGCAGGCAACGUGAAAAAGAAAGGCAUCAUGGUGGAUGGAGGAGCAACAUCCCACAUUGUGAAUGACAUCAACAAGUUUAAGAGUUUUGACGAAACAUUUCAGCCAGAGACCCACUCAGUCGAGUUAGCAGAUGGGACCAAGUGCAGUGGCAUAGCCAAGCGCAGAGGUACAGCAGUUAUUUAUCUCCUGGACAGCACCGGGCGACAGCACAGAGCACAGCUUCGUCAAGCGCUGUACAUGCCAUCAUAUCCUCAAGACAUCUUCUCGGUGGCGAGAGCAACGAAUGGAGGAGCAACAGUCAUCUUCAAGAAAGACAACAGUCACAUGAUCACAAAGGAUGAUAACAGUGAGUCCUGCUGAGGUUCGGCUGGUCAGAGGUCCGAGUCGCUGUUCUGGCAGACUGGCGCGGCAGCGUCAGUCGGACUGGGAACCAGUGAGGGACCAGAACCGGGACUGGAACCUGACGGCAGCAGAUGGGGUCUGCAGGAGGAUCAGCUGUGGUUCUGUAGUGUCAUCCAGUAGAACUUUGGACCAGGAACUUCCAGAUGACAACGUCAACAUGGUAAAUAGACACUUCGCUGUUCAUGCAGCUCCACCGCCACUCUCCUUCUGAGUGGAGAUCACCUGCUCAGGUGAGGAGAAGCUACAAAUAAUAAUAAUAAUAAUAAUAAUAAUAAUAAUAAUAAUAAUGACAAAUAUCAGUAAAAUCAUGAUUUUCUUGCUAAAUACAGCAAAAAGGAAAAAUGUAAUUUUGCAGUUAAACAUUUUAAAUUUAAAAAAA